AGGCGGGUGUGUGAGCGCGAGUGAGUCUGAGUGAGUGUGUGUUGUCAGCUGACUGACAUCAUCUCUGACAGCCGUCACAACACCGUGUGCUACCUGCUGACAGAAGCUAGCAGCCUUUAGCCGAGGCUGUGCGGUUGGACCGGGGUGGGUUAUGUUUCCCGGAGCCAGGACCGCAGACGGAGGCUUGUGCACCACCGACCCAUGGCGGCCGAGAUCCAGCCCCAGCCGCAGGCUCGGAAGCCAUGUCUGCUGAGCAAGAUCGAAGCUUUCCAAGAUGUAGUGAGCUCGGCGGUCAUCAUCCCCAAAGAGGACGGCGUUAUCAGCGUGUCCGAGGACAGGACGAUACGGGUGUGGCUGAAGAGAGACAGCGGUCAGUACUGGCCCAGUGUGCACCACACAAUGUCCUCGCCGAGCUCCUGUAUGUCCUUUAACCCAGAGACCAGGAGGCUGUCCGUGGGCAUGGACACUGGAAGUAUCUGUGAGUUCAUCCUGUCAGAAGACUACAACAAGAUGACCCCAGCACGCACAUACCAGGCUCAUCAGGGCAGAGUGACCGUGGUGCUGUUUGUGCUGGAGAUGGAGUGGCUCCUGAGCACCAGCCAGGACAAGAACUUCACCUGGCACUGCUCAGAGAGCGGCCAGCAGCUGGGAACGUAUCGCACCGCCGCCUGGGUCUCAGGACUACAGUUUGAUGUGGAGACCAGACACGCCUUCGUAGGGGACCAGUCUGGUCAGGUGACCAUCCUGAAGUUGGAGCAGGACAACUGCAGCUUGGUCACCACCUUCAAGGGACACACUGGUAAUGUGACGGCGCUGUGCUGGGACCCGGUCCAGAGGGUGCUGUUCUCCGGCAGCUCAGACCACUCCAUCAUCAUGUGGGACAUCGGAGGGCGCAAAGGCACCGCCAUCGAACUGCAGGGACACAAUGACAGAAUUCAGGGCUUGUGCUAUGCCUCGCACACUCGUCAGCUCAUCUCCUGCAGCUCAGAUGGAGGCAUCGUCAUCUGGAACAUGGAUGUGACGAGACAAGAGACCCCAGAGUGGCUGGACAGUGACUCCUGUCAAAAGUGUGAGCAGCCGUUCUUCUGGAACUUCAAGCAGAUGUGGGACAGUAAGAAGAUCGGCCUGCGGCAGCACCACUGUAGGAAGUGUGGCCAGGCCGUGUGCGGCAAGUGUUCGUCCAAACGCUCCACCAUCCCCCUCAUGGGCUUCGAGUUCGAGGUGCGUGUGUGUGACAGCUGCCACGAGUCCAUCACUGACGAGGAUCGAGCGCCCACAGCCACCUUCCACGACAGCAAGCACAGCAUUGUUUACAUGCACUAUGAGCCCACCACUGGAAACCUGCUCACCUCUGGCACCGACAAGGUUAUCAAGUUAUGGGACAUGAGUCCUGUGGUGUCCUGAGGUCUGCAGGCGACCAGCAGUCACCCAGAAGUUCUGUUCACCAAACUGUGAUGGAUUUCACGGCAGCAGUUGCAAUUGGAAGAGAGAGAGAGAAGCUUCUCCAACAAAAUCGAUGUGAUCCGGAUAAUAUUUAACAGCGGUUGGUGCACGUUCACAGUGAGGACACUGCAGGCCGACGAGGCCUGGGAACAGGACGGCCUCGGUUGACACAAGGCUACAGACAGUUUGUUUGUGUGAAGGCUGCCCUCAGCUGGGGGAUCUGUGUGUGUGUGUGUGUGUGUGUGUGUGUGUGUGUGUGUGUGUGUGUGUGUGUGUGUGUGUGUGUGUGUGUGUGUGUGUCUGUGUCUGUGUCUGUGUCUGUCUGUCUGAGAGGGGUGGAGGCGUUUGACUUUGUAAGGAAUUGACACCUUAUUUACUUAAUUUCAUUGCAUUCCAGCCGAUUUCAUGUUUGAAACUCAUAAAGCAGUGAGUGAAACCUUUCUGCACGGUCGAACCAAAACUUAACAUUUGUUCAAUGUGAAGCACGUCAUGGAACUGGACCACAACUCGCAUACAAGCUCAAACGCUCUCAUUUAGGUUUAGCUGGCUGUAGAUGUUCCACGAGAGGGAAGCAUUUUAUCAGUUCUCCACCUGCCGUUCCUUAACCACCUACAGGCAAAGAAAGUAACAGCAGCAUCAGUGUCAACUCCUGUGUGGGCAUGUUCACCUCUACCUGCAUUGAGAGUGAUAGCAAACACUUGCGCCACCAACAGGCAAUGAGUUUCAAGUGUCUGAGCUGUACAUUUUAAAGUGACCAACUGUUUGCAGAAAUAACAAGUAAAUCAUGGUCACACUUAACACUUUAAUUUGACAAAACAGUUGCAUCUCAAAAUCCACUUUCAUUUUGUUUUCGGGAACAUGAUGGCUUGUGGACAACUGAGCCUACACUCUGCUCGUCUAAUCCAGUCCUAUUUGUGGUUUGUUGUAGAAUGGUAGUGCAUUAUCCUCACGGGCGUUAUGGUUAUUUUGUCCAUUAUAUCAAUAAGCUUGGCAAAAAACCAAAAACUCUCUGCGUGAUGCAAUACAGUUCCACAUUAUAGACCACGUCCCCCACAGUGACCACACAGUUGAACUUCAGCAGGAGUGGCAGCAACGCCAACCACACGUCCACGUUCCCAUUGUGUGUGUGUGUGUGUGUGAUUACCCUCAGCUCUAACGCAGCUUUGACAACAUUUGAACAUGAUAACCUUCUUAUUCAGUUAUAAACAGAUAUCUGCAUGUGACGACAGACGUCAGUUGUCUGUGGAAAGUCUGUAGUCACUCCUCUAAGUUUUAGAGUUUUAAUUUUUUUGCACCAAAUCUAGUUAGUUUACAAAGCUAAUACUCUCCAAAAGUGUGCAUUUGUGUGUCCCACCACCCUAUUUUUCAUUUGACUUGUUCUAUUCAUCUUUGAUCCUAUUUAGUAUCAUUCAGUUUUAAUGUAUUUUCAUUUAAUUUAUUUACUAUAUUAAACCACUUUUUCAGUCCUUUGGACAAAUUGAAUCUACGUUCCAGCCCCUCUUUCAUCUUAAAGUAACUGGGAGAGUCAUUGAGUACAGAAGAGACAUGGUGAGGAGUUUUACUCUUUGGACAUUCUUAAAUAUAAUAUACACAACCUGUUAACACACAAAGAAUCAGACACACAAGAACCUGCAGGUGUAAUUCUUUGCCUGCAGGUGGCACCAGUUCCAGCACUGUAGCAGCUGCUGCGGUCCUUGCCUGUAGAUGGUGCUCAUGAGCACAUUUGUAUAUCUGCUUUUCCUGAUCUUGCUAAUGGGUGGAAAAUGGUGUAUUGAAAGUCCAUGUAUAUGAGCUGAUCCUGGUUUCAGGCGCUUCACAUCACAUGUUCAAGAUGCAAAGAAACCAUCUUCUACUUUCUGAACACACUUAAAUGAUUUUAGUGAAAUUUGAUUUUGUGUAAUAUUUCUUCAACCAUGUGAAAGUGAGGGAACGUGUCAUGAAAUCCCUAAUGAGCCCCUCAUGAGUCUCUGUUUGGGCUGCUGAAUUCAUAGAGGGUCGUGGAAGGCCACAAACAUUUGAGGUUUACGCAGUUUCUUUUCCAGCUUAAGUGUGUCUGUGCAGUUCUGUAUCCUCAAAUGCAAAACUAGACAUCAAGCAAAAGUAUUAAAGCUGUAAUAUGUAAUAACAUUAGUUUAAACGCUCAAAAAUUGAGUAAAAAUGAUUCACAGAAUGUGGAGAAGACAUCUCUGCACAGUGUGCAUCUACUGAAGCUAGCAUGCUAACCAGCUCGCCCCAACCGUCCUCUCUCAUAAAACUACUCGAAGCCCCACAUCCUGACCGCUAGUCGCUGGGCUAACUAGCUAAGGACAGCUACAGUUAGUGUUGGUUAGCAGUUACUCUGGCGAUAUGCUGCCGCCUGUCAGGCAAUUCUUAUGUAUUGCACCUUUAACCUCAUACAGCUGGUCCAUGAUAACAAACACAUGCUCUGUGAAAACACACAGUCUAAACCCACAGAACUUUGCUUUAAACUGUAGUUGAGAAAAUAAAUAAAUGUCAGGCUAAAAUGUAGAGAAGUGUGUAUAAAUUGAUCCAAUCAGAAGUUAAUGUGCAGCCACAAUAAGAUGGAGCCUUUGAUUUGGUUUUUGAAAUCUUCAUGUGGGAUAAGUGUGUGAGACUCUGAGGGGAAACAUUUCGUUCUCCCUUGGCUGGAUAGAAAACGUGUGGAUAAUCAAAAUUUUGAGAUCAAUACAGAGGAAAUCAAUUUGACAUUUAGAUAAAAAAAAAAAAACUAAGUACAACCAGUGUUUGUAAUCUGUAAACGAACCAAUCAUACUGCUGGCUGAUCUGUCAGCUGUUUUACGAGCGUAUUUAUCAUUAGAAGUGAGGUCUUAAUGUUUCUGACAUAUCAUCAAGCUAAUCAGUGGCAGCACAUGCACACAUGUAUCAGGACUGAAAGAAAACUAAUGAACACUUUGAUUUUGUUCUCAUCGUUACUGUUUGAUAUUGUAUAAUGGCUUUAUGUCAAUGCACUGGAAUGAACAAGCAAAUGUCACAAAUGGCUGCUGUGAGGAGAAAAGGAGAAGCAUUUGAUCGUUGUGUUUGUGCUUUAAUGUAGUCACAUAGUGAUCUCCUCUAAUGUUCAAACCCACUAAAUAUUUUCCAAAGAUGUUUCGACUUGAGAGCAAAGAUAAGGUUGUGUUAACGAACAUCAUCCAACAGUUUCACAGCUGUCCAGAAAGGUACAUGUUCAACACCUUAAAGGACCAUACCGGUGAUUUUCAGACAAUUAAAUGCUUUACCAUUGUUUAUUCCUUUUCUUUUUUGUUUGCCUUGUGCACAGUUCAAGUGAAACUGUGUCUGCCUGGAAUAUUAGUAAAAAAAUAUAUAUAUAAAAAACUUGUGAUCAUGUAAAGUGUGUGAGAUUAAUGUGGGCAAGAAUGUGCAAAAUCAUUGGUGUGGCCCUUUUUAAAGGUUUAAAAACAGUACACAGGAGAUGUGAAGCUGUUAGAGUGACAAUCCCUUAACACAUCACAUGUAUCUAUAUCUGAGGCCAGUUGCAGGAGAGAUAACCGACAUCAUUGUGUGUUUCAGUGUGUCCGUUUAUGUAACCAUGUAUGUGUAAAUGACAUUAAAAGAGCAGGUUUGCCUACUUGA